GUGAGCAGUAGAAGCGCAACUAUCUGAUAAUAGUAAAGAUGUUAUCAUAAUCAAUUCAAAACUAAUCCCAGCACUCAUAUAUUGAUUCCUUUCAAAUAAAGGGGAAUAAUUGAUAAAGAAAUUCGUUUACUUUUUUCCUUCCAACUUUUCUAUCUGGUGCCCGUUUUGGAGUACUGGGCUGCUGCUCUACUUGUGUGCUUUCUUCCACCCUCCCACCCCAACCCCACCCGGCCACCCUAUCUCUUUCUCAUUGUUUUUAUUAGCUUAUUGUCAAAAAAAUAUUCGGCCCCUUUCUUUUUUGGAUUACCCUUCCUUCUUUCUUCAGUUUUUGAUUCUUUUUGUGUGUGAAGAAGACAGUGGAAGAGGAAUAGUUUAUAGUGGUGAACCAUCUGGCCACCUCAACAAUGUCAAUGGCAGAUAUUGCUCACCCUCCCAUGGAGCAACUCCAAGACCUUGAGUACUGCAUAGACUCCAAUCCUCCAUGGCCUGAAACCAUAAUGUUAGCAUUUCAAAAUUACAUAUUAGUCCUUGGGACAAGUGUGGUGAUCCCUACAACGCUUGUACCACUCAUGGGUGGAUCCGAUGGGGACAAGGCACGCGUGAUACAGACGUUGCUUUUCGUGGCGGGAAUAAACACUCUUCUACAAGCACUCUUCGGGACCCGAUUGCCCGCCGUUGUUGGAGGAUCGUUUGCAUAUGCCAUCCCCAUAAUAUAUAUUAUCAGUGACUCGUCCCUUCAACGAAUAAGUGAGCCUCAUAUAAGAUUUAUACAAACCAUGAAGGCAAUUCAAGGAGCAAUGAUAGUUGCUGCAAGCAUUCAAAUCAUCCUUGGCUACAGCCAAGUUUGGGGUCUCCUUUCGCGUUUCUUCAGUCCUCUUGGUGUUGCACCUGUUGUUGGCUUAGUUGGCCUUGGCCUAUUCCAGAGAGGAUUUCCUGCGCUAGGGAAUUGUGUCGAGAUAGGGCUGCCAACGCUGUUAUUGGUAAUUGGUUUGUCACAGUAUCUAAAGCAUGUAAAACCAGUGAGGGACUUCCCCAUAUUCGAACGGUUUCCUAUAUUGAUAUGUGUCACAAUUAUGUGGAUAUAUUCCACCAUUCUGACAGCUGGUGGAGCAUACCGAGGCAAGCCUCUUCACACUCAACUCAGUUGCCGUACAGAUAGAGCAAAUAUCAUAUCUACUGCUCCAUGGUUCAAGUUCCCGUAUCCGUUGCAAUGGGGUGCUCCCACUUUUGCUGCAGGCCAUUCAUUUGCAAUGAUGUCUGCUGUUCUAGUGUCAAUGGUCGAGUCAACUGGUGCAUACCAGGCUGCAUCUCGUCUGGCGAUCGCCACUCCACCUCCAGCCUAUGUACUUAGUCGGGGGAUCGGUUGGCAGGGGGUAGGUGUUUUGCUUGAUGGCCUUUUUGGAACAGGCACCGGGUCCACUGUAUCUGUGGAAAAUGUGGGACUCUUGGGACUUACUCGGGUUGGAAGCCGAAGAGUUGUUCAGGUUUCUGCAGGCUUCAUGAUAUUCUUCUCCAUGUUAGGCAAAUUUGGAGCUGUUUUUGCAUCUAUACCUUUUGUCAUAUAUGCAGCAUUCUACUGUGUCCUGUUUGGCCUUGUAGGUUCGGUCGGCCUGUCAUUCCUUCAGUUUACAAACAUGAAUUGCAUGCGUAAUCUGUUCAUAACGGGCCUCUCGCUAUUCCUUGGGAUAUCCAUUCCUCAGUUUUUCGACCAAUAUUGGUCCGGGGCCCGCCACGGCCUGGUUCACACCAAUGCUGGAUGGUUCAAUGCAUUUAUCAACACUAUAUUCUCC